UAAAACAUGUUGCUUGAACAGAUACAGUAAAACAGAAGUGGGAAUUAUUUUCUUCGAAUGACGCUUAGCGACAUUUUGUGACCAUCGAACCAAGUGUUCAUCACUCGUAUUCAACAUUUGAAAAGAAUAGCAAUUGAAGUAAAAUGUUCUGUUCGAUUUCCAUUAGAUUUUUAGCAGGUCUUCUGUUAGCGAACAUAGCUUUAGUCGUUGUGGCCAAUGACAAGUACAGUGAUGCUCCCGAAGACGCCGUUACGUGUGGUUCCGCCAUCAAGUUGGCCCACCUACAGUCCUCUACUACCGCUGCAACUUAUCAGUUGAGUAGUGCAAACAUGCAGUGGAGUGGUCAGCAAAUUGUUACUGUAGUGAGAGAUAAACCGUCCGAACAUAAAACGAUGUGGUUGAUUCGAGGUCCCAAUGACCCCGCAUUCCGAAAACCAAAUGCAGCUUGUGAAGAGGGUACAGGAACGCCAGUUAUGUGCGGACAAAUUAUUCGCUUAACACAUUUAGAAACCCAGAAAAAUCUCCACUCCCAUAACAAUAAAUCGCCUUUGAGCCGACAGCAGGAAAUCACUGGUUUUGGACAAGGUGAUGGCAAUGGGGACAAUGGAGACGACUGGAAGGUGCACUGCGGUGCCGCUGGUUCCAGAAAAAAGUAUUGGCAGCGCGGGAACGAUGUGUGGUUUGAACAUGUAGAUACCGCAAGGUACCUUGGGGCGAGUGAUUCCGUCAAAUUUAACCAUCAAAACUGCGGGCACAAUUGUGCGAUCAUGAAUGAGUUGGAGGCUUUUGGUCGAUCAUUUCAGGACCAGUACGGAGCUUGGUCUGUGGAGUCCGGAGUGCACAUCCAUAAAUAGGUUCCCUUGGGUAAUGUAUCGUACGGGGCACAUGGUGCAGAGAACAUAUAGUCCAUGUGCGAUUGGUAGAGACCAUGAACAAUCCCAUCCAUUGUCAUUUCAUCUGUCAGUUGCUCAUUAUACGCCGGCUAUCUAGCAAACAUAAAAGUAUAUGAUUGUCCUCAAUCUAGAUAUACUGACGCACUCAGAUACUCAAAUUGUAAAUUGUAGUAAUGGAAGAAGCUAUUUGUGUCAUGAAGUAUGAAACAAAAACUAGUUACAAGUUGUUGAUAGCCUUUGAAAAAUGCUAUAAAUAGUACUAGGAUAUGUGUCGGGUUGGCCGUGAUAUGGACCAACGAUGCACAAUUGGGUGAUUCCCGAUAUUAUAGAAAUGCUAAACUGGUCAUUUAGCAUUUCUAUAAUUACAGGAAUACAAAUUUCAACGGACAGACCACGAGCAUGCCAACUCGAUGCCAGUCUUUUUGGGAAUUUGGAAUCUUAAGUAUAUUUCAACAUAAAGCAUUAAAAAGACUCAAAACGGGCGCCACCAUUUGGCCUGGUACAAAGUAAAACACCAAAUUUUCAAUAGUGCUCUCAAUAGAGUAAAACAUGAACA